ACCUCAUGAAGGGUGAUUUCCUUUCUUCAGGGACCUUUCAUACAAUAAUUUCUCGGGAGAUCUACCAAGAUCAUUUGGUUCCUUGACAAACCUUGCUAGAUUGUUCUUGCAGAAUAACAGAUUCACUGGAUCAGUCACCUACCUGGCGGAACUUCCACUUACAGAUUUGAACAUUCAAGAUAAUAUGUUUAGUGGCCUUCUUCCACAUCAUUUUCAGAACAUAAAAAAAUUAAGGAUUGGUGGGAAUAAAUUCCAUGCAGCGGACAACUAUCCCCCAUUGACUUCACCUGUGGGGACAUUAUCAGUUGAGCAUAAUAUUAGUCGCCCGCCCACAACUAAUACAAAUGCCAUCAAGAACUAUGCUCCUCCCAAAGUACGUGAGCACAAGCAUAAGAAGAAACAAUUCGGUCCUGGAGGAAUUGCUUUUAUUGCUGCUGGAGGAACAAUAAUGGCUACAGGUGUGGCACUCCUUAUUGCAAUCCGGUUAAACAAACUGCAUUCUCAAAGCCGGAACAAGAAUUACUCAGAAAGCAAUGAUAUCUCUAUUCAUUCUCAUCCAACCAGUGCAAGCAUAGAGGUGUCUUCUGCUGAACUAGACGACAGGCCACUUCUCCUACCUAUCAACAUUGCACCUCUUUUGGGUCCAAUGAAAUUUCCUUCCCUGCACCAUAACAAUGUAGAGGAAACAUCAAGAAGAAGUUAUUCCAAAAGAGGCAGAUCUACUAGAAGGACAAAAAUCUAUACCAUUGCGGAGCUUCAGCUGGCUACUAACUUCUUCAAUGAAGGCAACCUUCUGGGAGAAGGAUCUCUUGGUCCUGUUUACAAAGCUAAAUUUCCUGAUGGCAAAAUUUUGGCCGUGAAGAUCAUAAACAUGGCGGGUUUGUCUUACCGAGAAGAGGAAAUGUUCUUGGAUGUCAUUUGCACAGCUUCUAAACUGAAGCACCCCAACAUCAUACCACUGAAUGGUUACUGUUUGGAGCACGGAGAGCAUCUUCUUGUUUAUGAUUACUUUGGAAAUUUAACUCUAUAUGAUGCUCUUCAUAGUGGAGCAUGUGAAACACUAUCGUGGAUCCAACGUCUUCGGAUUGCUCUAUAUGUUGCUCAGGCUUUGGAUUAUUUGCACUCAGCGUGCUGCCCGCCUGUGGCCCAUGGUAAUUUGAAGUCUGCCAAUGUUCUACUGGAUGAAAAUUUGAUCCCUCGUGUUGGUGACAGUAGCUUGGCAAUUUUGAGACCAUUGACGAAGGUUCUAGCAGCUAAAGUAAUUGAUAAGGCUACUGAGACUACAAUUACAGAGAGAGGCUACGCUCCAUCUGACCAUGGCCAAACAGGGUUCAGCAGAAGGAGAGAUGUCUUUGCCUUUGGAGUAUUGCUUCUGGAAUUGUUAACAGGAAGGAAACCUUUCGACGGUGCCAGGCCAAGGGAAGAGCAAUAUCUGUCAAAAUGGGCUUUCCCCAGGCUUCGUGAUAGCGCGAGUUUGGAACAGAUAGUAGAUUCCAGUAUGAAAACAACAAUUUCAUUCAAAGCUCUUUCUUGUUAUGCUGAUCUUGUUUCCCUCUGUAUACAGCCUUCAAGACACCUCCGUCCCCAAAUGUCUGAAGUUGUGAACUCUCUUAUAUCUUUAUACCAAAAGUUCAACUUUGCAAAGACCAGUGUAGCAGACGGUACUGAUCUAUUUGAGAAGUCUCUCCGAUCAGCCGACACACGCUUUAAAAGUUCGCCAACAUUUAGCCAUCUAUCAGCUUGAUGUACAUCAUCUGUUUGUGUCACAGAAACCAGUGAUAUUAAUGAGCUAUAAAUUUGCAGUUUAUGCCAGUUCCAGCACCUUUCUCUGUAAAUAUCCUUCUGUACAGUCCUACUACAUGAGUUUUUUUUGUUUGUUUUGGAAUAGUCCUACUACACACAUGAGUUUUUGUU